CAAAACUGAGACAGCUCAGGCAACGGGUGUGUGUUUGUGUGUAUACAAUAGUGGCCACCCCCCCCCCCCACCCCACACACAAAAAAAACCCUGUCCUGUUAAAAAAAAAUGCCGGUUGGAUUCCCCCCUCUUGGACCAUCCGCCCCACUCUACUCCCGUCGCUGUAUUCGCCACAUUCGCCCCGAAUCGUGUAACGGACAGCGCCGAAAUUCCGACGCUUACCUGGGCGUGUUGUAACCUGCAGGAGUGAACACAUUGAGAGGGAAAGAUGCUGCUGGCCGUGCUGUCCCUGAUCUGCUGCCGGUUGUUGGUGGCUGGGGCGUGCCCGGAGCGGUGUGUCUGCCAGGACAAGUACUCGCAGCAGUUCGCCGACUGCGCCUAUAAGGAGUUCUCGGCGGUCCCGGGUGGGCUGCCGGCGAACGUGACCACCCUGAGCCUGUCGGCGAACCGCAUCGGCUCGCUGCUGCGCGACUCGUUCGCCGGCCUGGAGCAGGUCGCCUCCCUGUGGCUGGCCCACAACGGCCUCAGCCGGGUGGAGGAAGGCGCCCUGGCGCCGCUUCGGCCCCUCAAGAACCUAGACCUGAGCCACAACCGGCUCAGCAGCUUCCCCUGGGGGGACCUGACCAACCUGAGCUCGCUGCAGCUCCUCAAGAUGGACCACAACUUGCUGAGCAGCCUGCCCCGGGGCGCCUUCUCCGGCCUCCAGGACCUGCGCUCCCUCCGCAUCAACAACAACCAGCUGCACACCCUCCCGGAGGGGGUCUUUCGGCCCCUCAGCUCCCUAUCCCACCUGCAGAUCUACAGCAACCCCUUCUCCUGCGGGUGCCGCCUCCUGUGGUUGAAGAGCUGGAUUCUGGACGCGCUCAUCUCCAUCCCGGAGAGGCAGAGCAUCCAGUGCUCGGAGCCCCCGGAGCUGCGGGGCUCCCCGGUGGCGGAGAUGCCCGAGCUGCAGUGCAGCCCCCCCUGGGUCACCCUCAGCUCCCAGCCCGGGGCCGGACCGGCCUUCCCGGCCGGGAGCAGCCUGGCCCUGCACUGCGCCGCCAGCGGGAAGCCGCCUCCCACCCUCCGCUGGACCGUGCGGCCCUUCGGCCAGAGCCAGGAGCUGGCCCCCGGGGACGGGAAGGGGGCAGGAGGUGGGGAGGGGGAGGUGUCGCUGCUCAAGAACGGGACCCUCCUCCUGCCCCGGCUCCACCGGAGCCAGGAGGGGCUCUACAGCUGCGUGGCCACCAACUCGGUGGGCAGCAACCGCUCCUCCCUGGAGGUGAGGGUCAGCAGACCCCCUCCCAAGCGAGGGCCGGAGCCGGGCAACAGCGUCCUCAAGCCGGACAGAGCCUCCCUUCCAGCCUCGCCCGGUCCCACCCUGAGUCCGGGGGGCACCUCGGCCCUCCCUCCCGCCUCGGCGCGGAACUGCUCCCCUCAGCCCGGGAGCCAGUACACCUCCAACCACGCCUUCAACCGCACCUCCUCCAUGAAAGAGCACAUCUUCGACUUCGGCCUGAUCGCGCUGGAGGUGACCGAGAGCGACGCUCGGGUCCAACUCACCCCAUUCCAGAGCUCGGCGGCGGCGGCGGGGGGCCCGGGCAAGCUGCGCGCCCUCUACCUGUGCACGGAGCAGAGGGGCCGAGCGGCCGCCGUGGUGCAGUGGUCGACGAUCGAGAGCGGCGUGAACUCGUACCGCUUCCAGGGCCUGAGGCCGGGCACCAACUACAGCCUGUGCCUGAGCUCCCGCGGGCAGGACUGCCAAGUGCAAGUCGUCUUUACCACCAAGAGGAGGAUCCCAUCGCUGCUGAUCAUGGUGGUGGUGAGCUGCUUCCUGUUGGCCCUGGCCACGGUGCCACUCCUGGGUGCCAGCUGCUGCCACCUCCUCUACAAGUACCGGGGCAAGACCUACAAGCUGAUCAUGAAGAGCCAGGGUCCCGGGGAGCUGCCGCCAGGGGACGCCGCCGGCGCCAUCCAACGCAGCAUCUCCUUCCCCGGCUCCGAGAAGCCGUACCCGGCCAGCGAGGACGCCGGCAGCGAGGCGCCCGACUCCCUCGCUGGCUCGCAGUGCAAAGCCCCCGCCCAGGAAGAGUUCGAGGUCGGCUCCGAAUACAGCGACCGCUUGCCCCUGGGAGCCGAGGCGGUCAGCAUCAGCCCGGAGAUCAACGGGAACUACCGGCGGCCGGUCAGCUGAUUCCGGGCGGGAAGGAGGGAAACAUCGCCGAGCAAAAAAAAAACACAAAAAAAUCUGUAUUUAAAAUAAAAGAAAACACGAGCCCCAAA